AUGCCUCUUCCAGACACAAUCUACUGUGCCCAGCAAAUCAACAUCCCUCCCCAGCUGCCAGACAUCCUCAAAAGCUUCACUAAGGCAGCCAUCCGUACACAGCCCAAGGAUUUGGUGCUGUGGUCUGCGGCAUACUUCAGUGCACUGUCUAAGGGAGAGUGUCUGCCUGUCAAGGACAGGCUGGAGAUGAAUGUUGCCACCCCGGAGAGAGACACUGGGCUGACUCCAGGUUUACUUACAAUUCUCCAUAAGCAGCUGUCUGCCGGGCAAACGUGCAGCAAGGAGGAACUGCAGAAAAAAUGGAAGGGUCUUUGUCUACCCAUGGACCAGCUUGAGACCCUGCUGUUGCUGGGCGGCUUUGGCUCAGAAAUCGACUGGAUGGAGUUUUUCGCCCUGUGCUGCAAUGCUCUGGGAGGGACUCUUCUGAGUUCACUGAAGUUUGCCUGUGAGAUCCUGACAGAGGAUGAGGAGGGUGGUGCUGCGAGGAUCCCGUUCAACACCUUUGUCAAACUUUACACCUACCUGGCUCACCUAGAUGGGGACAUGAUGCAGGACCACAUUGACAACUACCUCAGCAGCCUGCAGGCACAAGUCAACAAGCAGAACGGCAUGAUUCAGGUUUCCAACUUCUACAUCAGCAGGAAGUGA